CAAGACUGAAGUCAUUGUCCUUGGCCCACAAAGUCAAGAGAAAGUGUCAGCAGGCACCUUGAAUCCUCUUACCCUCAAACCUAAAAAUCAGGUUAGCAAUGAGGAGUUCAAAUGCAAAACCAGUCAUCUCACUUUUUUUGUGUGUGAAUUGAGUACAUUUAUUUUGAGGUUUUUAUUUGUGGUUCCAGGUUAAAGCUAAUAAUUGUAACUAAGGAUAAGCAAUGGGCUCAUAAUUGGCUUUCAUGGAGGUGACACUAUCUUUAAUAGAAUACAUACGGCACUUCUCUGCUUCUGGAAUUAAACUUUUCUUUUCUCGAUGAGUUUUUCAUAGGAGUUGUUUGGUUUUGCAGGGAUAGAAAAUGCAACAUCGAUCGAUGUCGUGUCUGCUAGGACGGAUGGUUCUAUUUCUGUCUAUCCAUCCAUCUAUUUUCUGUACCGCCUAUCCUCAGGAGGGUCAUCUAGUUUCGUCUAAAUGGCGUUUGUCAGCUUUUGCGCUCGAACUUGCCAAAUCUAGGGCUAAGAAUGGACUCACCCCUAACCUAAACUUUAACAAUCACAUUACAUCAAUAACAUCAUCAGCUUUUUACCAUCUCAAAAACAUUGCUAGAAUCAAAGGUUCGCUAAAACAUUUAGAGAGACAUAUCCACACAUUGAACAGAAACAGGUUACUGAGCUAGCGGCACGGUGGCCGACUGGUUAGAGCGUCAGUCUCACAGUUCUGAGGACCCGGGUUCCAUCCCCGGCCCCGCCUGUGUGGAGUUUGCAUGUUCUCCCCGUGCCUGCGUGGGUUUUCUCCGGGCACUCCGGUUUCCUCCCACAUCCCAAAAACAUGCAUGGUAGGUUAAUUGAAGACUAAAUUACCUGUAGGUGUGAAUGUGAGUGCGAAUGGUUGUUUGUUUGUAUGUGCCCUGCAAUUGGCUGGCAACCAGUUCAGGGUGUACCCCGCCCGAUGAUAGCCGGGAUAGGCUCCAGCACUCCCGCCACCCUAGUGAGGAGAAGCGGCUCAGAAAAUGGAUGGAUGGAUGGAGGUUACUGAGCUGAAAGAAAGCUACAUUACAUCUGGAAUGUUGCCGCUCGGGUCCUGACUAGAACCAGGAAGUACGAUCAUAUCAGUCCUGAUCAGGUCUGCACAGUCCUCCUGUCACUCAGAGAAUAGACUUCAUCAAGUAGCUCUUUGACAUUUUGGUCCUCUACAACUGCAAGACUUCCAGGGACAUGUCUACUGGUGGUGCCCAGAGUAAGAGCUAAAUGUGGUGAAACUGUAUUUCAGUUCUAUGCAGCUAAACCCGUGGCAGCUGGUAACCACAUUAUUUUCCUUGAAGACAAAACAAAAAAACAACAACAACAAAAAUUAAAUGAGAUUUUUAAUAAUAAAAGAAUAUUUAAUCUAUUUCUAUUUAUCUUGUUUCGUUCAUCUCUGUUGUCUGAUUCCAUGAAGUGUUUCUGGCCUGGGGCACACAAAUCUUUACCCACUGCCUCGUGUUCAAAGUUUAACAUGCACACUGGCUCCUCUUCAAUGCAUCAGAUUGGACGAAGGGUGCCCAAGGUGGGGGGCCCCAAGCCAGCCAACGUCACUUCCAACUGUUGCAGCUCAUUCUCUAUACACGCAGCACUUCCACGUUCAGUGUUGACAUGUCAACCUUCGGUCAAGUCAAGCGGAGCAAAGUUCAUUCGCCGUCUACUGAAAUGGCUAUUUAUUUAUUCCAAGUUUUACAUCUCACCAUACCUAAAAUUUUGAAGUGACCAUUUGGCGCCUAUCCCAGCUGACUUUGGACAAGAGGCGGAGUACAACGUGAACUGGUUGCCGGCCAAUCGCAGGGCACAUGUAGACAAACAGCCAUUCACACUCACAUUCACACCUAUGGAAAAUGUGCACGUUGUUGGAAUGUGGGAAGAAACGAGUGCCUGGAGAAAACCCACACAAGUACGGGGAGAACAUACAAACUCAACACAGUAAGGCUGGCGCCUGGAUUUGAACCCCCGAGUUUAAAACUGUGUGGCAGAUGUGCUAACCGGUAGUCCACUGUGCAGCCCGUAAUCUGUUUAAUGGUCUGAUUUUUUUAGCUCUUCAUUCACCCUUUGGUCUUCUAUUUAUCUUUCUUCUUAUUUGCUAUAUUUUUAUUACUCUUGCUCUUAUCACUCAAGUAUUUAACUGUGAUCAUAGUGAUAGAUGUAACUGCAUUUUUAAAAAAUUACUCUUAACUCUUAAUUUACUCUGUUCUUCGUUCGCUUUUCAGUCGUGUGUGUGUGUAUGAAUGUGUGUGUGUGUGUUUUAAAACCGUUUUUGUGUGGAAAGCACUUCAUGUGAUGCCACAAUGUAAUUUUUAUUUUUAAAAUCAUGCUAUACUGAAUGAAUACAUAGUGAUUAAUUGAUUUACUCAAGUAAAACAACUGUCAUAUAUUACAAAUUCAAUUCCCUGUAACAGUGAUUCUCAAAAUAUAGUUUCAGGACCACUAGUGGUAUGUAGGCUUCCUCUAGUGGUAUGAGAAAGAAUCACAGCCUAAUUACAUUCAGUUGUAGAGUAUUUAACUUUUAAAUUCAACAUAUUUGCAUUAAAUAUUUAGGAACUGUUGGUUUUUAUGAAUUUAUUGAAGUACAAUUUUUAUGUAACUCUUAUGUGUCAUGAAAGUACCCUUUUUUUAAAAAACGUUUUUACAUUUAAGCAUAGUGUUAAUGUUCAAAUUGAAUAAUUUACAGUGGCUUACAAUAUUAGACAUAGUUUUAGGAAUAAAACGUCUGUCUUGUUUUGAUGAACACUUGGGCUGACUACACUACUGUAUGGUAAUGGUCAUUAUGGUUGUACUUGGAGCCCUAAGUCUUUUUUUAGGUGGUACUUCAUGUAAAAAGUUUGAGAACCACUGGUUUAUAAAAAUAUUUUAUUGUGACACAGUAGGAGAGAAGAUUCUUCUUAUGAGGGAUUAAGUGCAGUCCCCCAGGUUGAUGCACUGUUAAAUAAUCCCUUCCCUGCAUGGACCAGUUCUCUUUAACCAUUGUUAUUAGCUGUUCUUAUGUGAUAAAACUGAGUAUAAAAGUAGGUAUUAGUGCAAGAGAGCAGACUGUUGUUAGCGGAAGUAACCAUGAAUGCGUCAACAAAUUUAUGAGUGCGUCUUGCCAGCGUUGGUGUAAAUGUUGGAAGUCGUCAUCCUGACUCUAUAUGCUGUCUUUGUCACAUAUGACGACAAUUCCAAGCUGAAAAACAAUGAGACCAACCCGAUGGACAACAGCGUGUAUCGCGACUAGCCUUACUUUGCUACCUUCCAGGUGAUGAUCUUCGUAGGCUUCGGUUGCCUGCUGGGCUACUGCCGAUUCUAUGGCUUCAGUGGAAUGGUCUUUAACUUUCUUAUGGCCACCUUUGCAAUCAUCAUCCAAGGCUUCUUCCUGUUUUACCACGAUGGUAGAAUUCACUUGGGUGUCAUCAACUUGCUGUAUGCAGAGUUUGCGUGCGCUGUGGUGCUCAUCUCUUUUGGUGCUGUGCUUGGGAAGACCAGUCCGGUGCAGCUCCUGGUGACGGCUCUGCUGGAGAUCCCCGUGUUUGCUGUGACAGAGUGGGCUGUAUUGAAAUACAUCCGAAUCAAUGAUGCUGGUGGCAGUAUUCUUAUUCACUUGUUUGCCUGCUACUUGGGCCUAGGCGUGACAUUUGUGCUCUACCGCCCAGCCCUCAAUAAUGGGCACCCCAAAGAAAUCACUAGCUUACAUUCACACCUCCUCUCUACGAUGGGAACCUUGUUCCUCUGGGUAUUCUGCACUGUUAUAUACAUUUCAUAGUUGCCAGUAAAUUACUGUAAAAAAAUAAAAUUAAAAAAAGGGAUUCUGGAGUUAUGCACCACUUGAUACAUUGUACUCUUACAUCAACUAUGAAUCAUUAUUUGUUCAAUACUUGUUAAUUAGCUUACAUGAAUCAGAUGACACUUUGCAAAAGCAGCAAUUGGCUCCUGUCUUUUGACCUCUACAAUGAGCUUACUCCAAUGGAAAAAACACUGGUACUACCAAACCAACAUGUAUAUAAUAUAAAUAUAAUACACAGCAACACAUUUCUGCAUUGGUGCCACAUUGUUAGUGUUUAGUAUUUCUACACCCCUUAGAUUUGUCCCCCGAAGUCAACUGGGAUAGGCUCCAACGACCCGUGACCCCCAUCCUGCUGGCCACUGAGGAAACCUACGGACCCAGCAUGUACCAGACCUUUUCCCACUGCGCUCCCCCUGAGGGAGAUCCAAAGCUCCUGGAGCUUCAGAAGCUGAUCCCUGGGUGGAAGCCAGGCUUGGGACGGAGGGCACAAGAGCAGGCUCUGUACCAAGUGGCUGCGAUCUUUUCCACCAUUGCAGUUUCUACUGUUGGUGGGCUGCUGACUGGUUUGGUCUUGAGGCUGCCGUUCAUGGCUUCAGCCAUCUGAUGAGGACUAUUGUGAUGAUGAAGUGUUCUUUGAUAUGACGCGUUCAUGACUUUAGCCAUCUGAAGAGGACUGUUUUGAUGAUUAAGUGUUCUUAUCAAGGAUAUUAAAUUAUUUUAAGAUAGGAAGGUAUCAAAAACUCUAACUAUAACCUGCAAUGAUGUUGAUGUCCAUAAAAAUAAAUUAGUUCUAUGAAGUCAAAGGUCCAAGCAAUGUUUCAUUAUCAUUGUUUAAAUAAAUGUGAGUCAUUCCACUUGUGAUCUUCU